GAACCAUGUGAUGCAAACAGUCAUCCAGGGACCUGCCUACGCAACUUAAAACUAGACGCUUUGAUAACUAGCCUUGGGUCUAGGGUUUGGCUGACAUAGCAUUCACAACAGCAGAGGUUACAUCACAAAAUUCGGCCAUUGACAGUGAGGUGACAGAGACUGAGAGACCCAUGCGAUCCGCAUACUUUGACAUUGGCAUGACAUUUUUUGUCUGUGGUUCUAUCCGUGAUAUCCACACAGUGACUCGACGAAAUAAUCUAGCUACUUGCUAGCUAGCGACCUACGCUAUAUACUUAACUGGUCCUAUCUCGGGCAAACCAGUAAGUGACGUAAGUUUGUGAAACUACUCAGGCCGAUCUUCAUUAUCAAGACCUUGACAUAAAUAUGUCCUGCUGCACAUGCACGUCUGCGGCGAGGGUUCUUUUUAAUACAGCACAGAAAGCUGGAUUGUCCAGUUCACGGGUUCAGCUGUUUGCAUUAUGCAGACCAGCAUCUCGUGAGACCCACCUGCCUCCCUCGGUGCGCGUCCGGUCAUUCUCUGAAGCUGUGGUGUGUUUCGCCUCAAAAGAAGGGACCCCUAAGGAUAGCUCAAGUGAUGGAGCAAAGAAAAGUAUGGCUGAAGGGGGUGGGAAACGGACCGGUUCAGGUGGCUCUGGCAAGGGAGGUAGUCAGCUCAGGUGCCCAAAGUGUGGAGAUCCCUGCACUCAUGUGGAGACCUUUGUCUCUUCAACACGGUUUGUGAAAUGUGAAAAAUGUCACCACUUUUUUGUGGUACUGUCAGAGACGGACUCUAAAAAAGGUCUGAAUAAGGAGGCUGAAUCUGCUGCUGAAGCUGUUAAAAUGGCCUUUGCACAGAAGCCACCUCCUCCCCCUAAAAAGAUCUAUACCUACCUCGAUAAGUAUGUUGUUGGCCAAUCCUAUGCCAAGAAGGUCUUGGCAGUAGCUGUGUAUAACCAUUACAAGAGGAUCUACAACAAUAUCCCCGCCGGAGGCCGGCAGCAGGUGGAGGUGGAGAAGCAGACCUCCCUCACGCCACGGGAACUAGAGAUCAGAAGACGGGAGGAUGAAUACAGAUUCACAAAGCUGCUUCAAAUAGCUGGUAUCAGUCCCCAUGGCAACGCUCUGGGUGCCUCUGUGCAGCAGCAGGCCACCCAGCAGACCCUUCAGGAGAAGCGGGGCGGAGAGGUCCUAGACUCCAGCCAGAGCGACAUCAAGCUGGAGAAGAGCAACAUCGUGCUGCUCGGCCCCACUGGAUCAGGGAAAACUCUAUUGGCGCAGACCUUGGCGAAAUGCCUGGAUGUACCCUUUGCCAUAUGUGACUGCACCACGCUGACUCAGGCCGGCUACGUGGGCGAAGACAUCGAGUCGGUCAUCGCCAAACUGCUGCAGGAUGCCAACUACUCCGUGGAGAAAGCCCAGCAAGGCAUCGUAUUCUUGGAUGAGGUGGACAAGAUUGGCAGUGUCCCUGGCAUCCAUCAGCUGAGAGAUGUGGGGGGAGAGGGAGUGCAGCAGGGUUUAUUAAAACUCCUGGAGGGUACAAUCGUAAACGUCCCGGAGAAGAACUCUAGGAAGUUGAGGGGGGAGACGGUGCAGGUGGACACCACCAACAUUCUGUUUGUGGCGUCUGGGGCCUUCAAUGGCCUGGACAGGAUCAUCAGCAGAAGGAAGAACGAGAAGUACCUGGGAUUUGGAACACCGUCUAACCUGGGCAAGGGGCGGCGGGCCGCGGCGCAAGCGGACUUGGCCAACACCACCGGCGGCGGGGACAACGAUGCCGUGGCGGAGAUGGAGGAGAAGGACCGACUGCUGAGGCACGUGGAGGCCCGGGAUCUCAUUGAGUUCGGUAUGAUCCCAGAGUUUGUGGGGCGUCUGCCUGUGGUGGUUCCCCUGCACAGCCUGGACGAGGACACGCUGGUGUGCAUCCUCACGGAGCCCCGCAACGCCGUGGUGCCCCAGUACCAGGCCCUGUUCAGCAUGGAUAAGUGUGAUCUGAACGUAACUCCAGAUGCGCUAAGAGCCAUAGCACGCCUGGCUCUGGAGAGGAAGACGGGAGCCCGCGGGCUCAGAUCCAUCAUGGAGAAGCUUCUGCUUGAGCCCAUGUUUGAGGUGCCCCAUUCAGACAUAGUUGCCGUGGAGCUAAACAAAGAAGUCGUUCAAGGCAAGAUGGAGCCCCUGUACAUCAGAGCGCCCGCCAAGGAGACGACGGAGGAGGAGUACGACUCCGGGGUGGAGGAGGACAGCUGGCUCAGACAGGCUGAUGCUGCCAAAAACUGAUGGUCCACCCCGUCGGUGAAUUCAAGAAUUUACAAAAAUUAAAACAAUGUUGUAGUACACUGUCAUGGAGAUUGCCAUCUGGAUGCCUUCCUGAUGUGGUCCUGGUGUGGUCCUGGUGUGGUCCUUGCAGGUAGACUGAGGGAGAUGUUAGGUAAUGCGAGAGACCUUGUCUUUGAGUAAUCACGAAACAACCCUCCGUUUCUCCUCAUCUCCUUUGCUCCCCACCUAUCGGAUGUUUGGACUCGUUAGGAAAAGGAUGCACGUCGACUAUAUUCUGUUCAAUCUUUGGGGAUUGUUAACAAUUUUUUAUCUGUGUAAAGAUAAUUUUCUUUGUUUGUGGGUAUUUUGUUCCUUUCCUCUUGUGUGUUUUGCGACAACAGUAAAGGAAAGAAUUGCCCUGAAUGGGAUCAUUUGAUACACUUGAAGGCAUAGGGUAGGAAAGGAAUGAUUGCAUUUUAGUAUUUCAUGUUAGAUAAUACAUACUACUACCAUGUCCCUAUUUACUGGGGCAUACUAUUCCAGAAACACAUAUAAGCUGUGAUGUUAUUCUUCCCAAAAUGUUUGUUUUAAAUGGUACAUGGAAUCGAAUGCUGUUCUGCCCAGUAGAGAUGCUACAGAGCAGGCUAUCUUUAUACAUAAAGAACAUAUCACACGAAAACCAGCAAGGGGGAAAAAAAAUGACAGUGACCUUUUUUGGAAAUGGUUAAGAAAGUAUUGUUUCCGUUUGAACUUUCUCAUCCUGAGUCUCUCUUCCACUCACACCAUCCUGCUGAAGGCUGAGGAGUGGCAGGAGCAGGAGUGGGGUGUGUGAGGUGGGAGCUACACUAGGCUGUGUUCAUGAUCCCCCUCACCAUUCAUUCACACUGUGUCUCAGAAUAGCUUUUAACAGUCUUUGUCAUCCAAAAAAAAAACACCUUACCAUUUCUGUGAUUUAAAAGUGCAGUACAUGAGAUUCAUUUUCUCUCGGUUCUUUUUUUGAUUCUUUUAGUUGUUCAGGAUCCUGCUGCUCUUUAUUUCUCCCUCAGAGGUCAACACAACAGCCUAUAUGCCCUUAAGUUUGAAAACGCAAAGAAUUUAUAGAUAUGAUUGUUUAAAUACGUAAAUAAAAUGUAUAUCUGUAAA